AGAUUCGGAGGGAGGAUUCGCAGUCCCGCCUCCUGAUUGGUUUAUCAGUCUGACGUCAUCCGUAAACAGCGAAGUGUAGGCGAUAGUGGUCCGUAUGAGGUUCCAUCAUAAACACCAGUUUGCUGUAACCGCCGAUACCUGGUACAUCUGAGAGGUUGCCGUAUGGUAGUGCGAUUAACAAAUGCGUGGAUUUUUUAGUUCUAAAAAUAUGAUUUAGUUUCGCUUUGCCUCCUAUCUACAAGGGGAGAGAGCGGAGGCCAUUCUGUCAGCGUAAGCAACAACAACAACAAGAACUGUCGUUGCGUGGUAACAUGCAAGGAAAGGACCGAGGGGCGUGACGCAGUUACAAGCCAGCGCAGAUGUUGACGAUCAGUGUGUAAGAUGCGGCUCGCGGGACCAGUGCUGACCUUCUCCAGGGCCGUGCGGGAGACUUGGAAGCGCCCCCGGUCUCUCCCCAAGACCGCCCUCAGUAGACUCCUCUGCUCUUCCGUCCAAAGCCCCGUGGCUCUGCCUCUCGCGACCUCCACGCCCCUGCCGGAGAUAACCGAUGCCUUCCCUGGACUACAGACACACGAGGAUCUCUACAGGUUCUCCGUAGAACAGCCCGACGAGUUCUGGGGGCGCCUUGCCCGGUCCCGCCUGGAGUGCAGAAGCUUCAGCGUCGUGACUGACCACGACUUCGACAAGCACGUGUUCAGGUGGUUCCCAGAUGGUCAGCUCAAUGUGUCGGUGAACUGCGUGGACAGACACGCCCGUCUCCACCCUGAUCGCGUGGCCCUCCUGUGGGAGCAAGACGAACCGGGCCAGACGCAGAAGGUGACCUACAGGGAACUGCAGGAGCUAGUAUGCCGCCUGGCGAACGUCCUGCGGGAGAGCGGCGUGGGGCGUGGCGACCGCGUGGCAUCUACCUCCCCGUGUCGCCUCUGCCGUCCCGCCAUGCUCGCCUGCGCCAGAUCGGUCCGUCCACUCGCGUGUUCGCGGGUCUCUGCAGCCCUUGCUUCCAGGAUCCCAAGACGGUGAGCCGAGGCUGGCGCAGAGACCGUCAUAACAGCUGACCAGUCGGUUCGCGGCGGAAAGACGAUCCACCUGAAGAAAGUGGUCGACGCUGCAGUAGCGAAGUGUCCCUCCGUCAGGCACGUCUUCGUCGGCACUCGGACGGGCGCCGAGGUCCACAUGGGGGCCAAGGACGUGCAUUUAGAUCAGGCGAUGCGAGCUGCCUCCCCCGAGUGCGCCCCAGCGCGUCCAAGAUGCCGAAGGACGCUGCUGUUCCUGCUGUACACCUCCGGCAGCACAGGCUCUCCCAAGGGGGCGUCCCACUCGCUCGGCGGUUACCUGCUCUAUCCGCCGGCCCAUGUGUUCGAUUACCAAGACGGGGACGUGUUCGGAUGCGUGGCCGACAUUGGCUGGAUCACGGGGCAUUCGUACGUGGUCUACGGACCGCUGGCCAACGGCGCCACCACGGUCCUCUUCGAAAGCACGCCCAAUUAUCCGGAUCCAGGCAGGUACUGGGACACCGUCCAGCGACUGGGCAUCACCCACUUCUACUGCGCCCCGACGGCUCUGCGCCUGCUCCUGCGACACGGCGACGCGUGGCCACAGCAGUACGACCGGUCCUCUCUGCGCGUCCUGGGCUCCGUCGGGGAGCCCAUCAACCACGAGGCCUGGCACUGGUUCAACGACGUCGUGGGCGAGAGGCGGUGCGAGCUGGUCGACACCUGGUGGCAGACAGAGACUGGCGGCAUCAUGCUGAGCCCGCGCCCCUCGGCUCCGGGGGCUGCCAUCAAGCCCGGCAUGCCCAUGAGACCCAUGUUCGGCAUCAAACCUGUUCUCUGCGACACCGACGGGAGCGCCGUGGAGGGCAUGGGCGUGAACGGGGCGCUGUGCGUGGGCUCCGUGUGGCCGGGCAUCUCGCGGACCGUGUACGGCGACCACCGCCGCUACGUCGACACGUACUUCGCUCCCUUCCCGGGGCGCUACUUCUCGGGCGACGGGGCGCUCAGGGACGAGGAUGGACACUACCAAAUCACGGGUCGGAUGGAUGACGUCAUCAACGUGACCGGGCACCGUCUGGGCACGGCGGAGGUGGAAGAUGCUAUCACGGAACACCCCGAGGUCGCCGAGAGCGCCGUCGUUGGCUUCCCGCACGACGUGAAGGGCGAGGGGGUCUUCGCCUUCAUCGUGCUCAAGGAGAACGUCCAGAGGCCCGAGGAGGAGAUCGUCGCCGAGCUCAGGAAGAUGGUCAGAUCUACCAUUGCGGGAUAUGCUGUACCUGAUGUUAUACUGGUGUGCCCCGGCCUGCCCAAGACCCGCUCCGGCAAGAUCAUGCGCAGGAUCCUGAGGAAGGUGGCGGCGGGUCAGCCUGAGGAGAUGGGCGACACCUCCACCCUCGCUGACCCCUCCGUCGUCGAGGCGAUCGUCAGCGCCCACGCGGCGUCCGCCACUCCCUAGCACGCCAGUCAUUCCACGCUUCUUUAUCCUUAUCAGUCCUUUCUCCUUAUCAAGAAUUCUUUGUUUCGUAUCUCUUCGUUUUUUAUCACUUGAUCACUAUUCCUCCAUCUUCUCGUUCUUACCUGCACGGCGUUAUCUCUCGGUGUGCUGUAAUCUCCUCAUUAGAAACUAAUCUUUCUUCUUCGAUAAGCAGUCGGCUCUUCCAGACAUGUCUUAUCGUGUUAUCGCUGAUCCUCCGUCUGAUGAAGUAGUUGCUCUUGAUUGUUUUUCUUCUUUUUUCUUUCUUCUUCUUUUUCUUCUUCUUCUUCUUCUUCUUCUUCGUCUUCUUCCUCGUCCUCUUCUUCUUCUUCCUUCUUAAGGUCGCAGGAGCGUCUGUGGUUCUCCGUCCUGGCCGCUUUGGUGCUGUUUCGGAUCCUAAAUGGUUAAAGGGUUCUACUUGUUAAAUUUGUUAUUUGUAUAGUUUAAAUAGAAUAUCAUAAAAUGUUGUUCCCAUUUU